UCUCUCUCUCUCUCUGAGUUUCUAGAAACGCUGUUUAGGCCACGAUGGAGAAGCCAGUAAAGUCCUUCACCGUCGAGUAAUGCGAUUCCAAUCGACCAAUUUACCGGUAGCCACAAGUAGGACGAAGGCGAUCCAAACUGAAUCUUAUAUGAUUCUAGUCGAACGGGAAGAUGAUCGUCAUGAAGAUGGACCGACCUUCGUCCAAAUAACGUUCCAGAUGUCGCAUAAGAAUCACGCUAUUGUGAGGGUUUACAGGGCUUUGUUCAGUGGGCCUUUUUGGGGCCUGGGCUGGUUGAAAAACACCAGUAUGCUGACUGUUUCAUUGGCUGCCGAAAACAAACUUUUAGAGGAGACCGACUCUCUAAUCGGGAGUCCAACCAUAGGUCCUGUGGCGACCAAGAGGGUCUCAAGAAACUGGUAAUUUUACUAGUGAUAUCAGAGGAUCGCUAUGUUUAUUUCUUGCUUGGCCCUAUCAAACACACUUAUCAUAACUAAAAAUUCAGGCAUAUUGUAAAUUGAUGCUUAUGAAUUAGAUGGUAAAUUACCCUCACUAACUGAAAACUUCUGGCAUAGUGGCAUCACUUGUCAUUGUCGUGAGCAGCUUAUUGCACAUAGGAAAAGAGUCAAGGCUAUUGUUGCUGAUUUUAAGUUUUAUAGACAUGGUUCAUGGAAUAUUUUUGCAUAUGUUUUUGUUUCAUUGUUAGGAGUACCAUCAAAAUGCGACUAAUCCAUGCAAUAUUUAUUUCUGGAGGAUGAAUAGCUUGU